UUUUAUUGGUCCUUGUUUAGGUUUUCAUUCCCUUUUUUUUUGGUUGUGUUUAAAUAAUCCCUUUUGAAACGGAAGUUGUGCAGUGUGAAACCUCAAAGUUACAAAAAAAAAAAAAAAAAAAAAAUAAAUAUUCAACAGGAUGCAAAACAUUUCUAUAGAUCGCAAAAUGUCCGCAACCGUUGGUCAAACGACGGACAUGGAUGUGGAUAUUGAAAUUGAUAUACAGCUCUUAACGACAGGAUACGAGGAGAGCACGGUGACUUCAUACUACAAUGAGACAACGUGGAUGAGUCCAACGCAAGGAGACACAAUAGUGGGUGAGGAUCCGGAUAAUCUGUCACUUGUAUCGAUUUUAUGUGUUGGUGUUUUCCUGUCAUUACUCAUAUUUUUGUCUGUGGCGGGAAAUAUCCUCGUCUGUUUGGCCAUUUAUACGGAAAGGAGCCUGCGGAGGAUUGGCAACUUAUUUUUGGCCUCAUUAGCGAUUGCGGAUUUGUUUGUUGCAUCAUUAGUUAUGACAUUUGCUGGAGUCAAUGAUUUACUGGGUUACUGGAUAUUUGGUGCUCAGUUUUGUGAUACUUGGGUAGCGUUCGAUGUAAUGUGUUCUACGGCGUCUAUUCUUAAUUUAUGUGCCAUUUCUAUGGACCGGUAUAUACAUAUAAAGGAUCCCCUGAGAUAUGGCAGAUGGGUGACGCGACGCGUUGCUGUUGUCACGAUAGCAGCCAUUUGGCUGCUGGCAGCUUUUGUUUCAUUUGUUCCAAUUUCAUUAGGACUCCAUCGACCCGAACAGCCACUGAUAGUGGAGGACAAUGGUAAAAAAUAUCCAACGUGUGCAUUGGAUCUGACGCCCACCUAUGCUGUUGUAUCCAGUUGCAUAAGUUUCUAUUUUCCAUGUGUGGUAAUGAUUGGAAUUUAUUGCAGGUUGUAUUGCUAUGCACAGAAGCAUGUUAAAUCGAUAAAGGCUGUAACUCGUCCAGGUGAAGUAGCGGAGAAACAACGCUACAAAAGCAUCCGUCGACCGAAGAACCAAAAGAAGUUCAAAGUUCGUAACCUGCAUCACUCCUCGCCAUACCAUGUAUCCGAUCAUAAGGCUGCUGUAACAGUCGGUGUGAUUAUGGGCGUCUUCCUCAUCUGUUGGGUGCCGUUCUUUUGUGUGAACAUCGUUGCUGCCUUCUGCAAGACCUGCAUAGGCGGACAAACAUUCAAAAUACUCUCAUGGCUGGGCUACUCGAAUUCAGCCUUUAAUCCAAUUAUCUAUUCAAUAUUCAACAAGGAAUUCCGAGAUGCAUUCAAACGAAUCCUAACCACGAAAAAUCCAUGGUGCUGUCGUCGGGAGCCAGGCAAUAUCCAUUCGAGGAACAGUGACCGUUUUGUGACCGAUUAUGCUGCCAAAAAUGUCUGCAUGAAUUCGGGCCGUUCAUCGGCCGAACUGGAACAGGUAUCUGCGAUUUGACCAAAACGCUCCCUGGUCUGCUGCAUCUCAGCAUCGGCCUCGUCAUCGUUAUCUUAUGUGGAGUGAGACGAGGCCGAUACAGAACUGGAUACCCAGGUAUGAAUAUAAAAAUAAAAAUGAUGCAUGUGGGACACAUAAAUUCAAAAAAAAAAAUAUAUCAUAAAAAUAUUUUUAUAACAAAAAAAUGUAUCAAAAGAAAUGAGCUUAAAAAUAAGAAAAAUGUGAAGGACGACUGUAUAUUAUAUCAACACAAAAGCAAAUAAUCAGAAACUUGUGAAAUUGCUGCUCGCGUAAGAUUUGCGAACCUACGAACAACUAAAUUAAAAAAAAAAAAAAAAUAAGAAUUUACCAUUUGUACAAAAUCAAACAGAAAAAAAAAAAAUAU